AUGCAACCCCGUCCGCGGAAACCCCGAAGAGCUGGUGCUCUAAAAGACCUCCCACCGCUGAGCAUAGUCAAGAAGAUUCUUCUUUUACAGGUUGCAUACUAUGUCUGCGCUACGAUUUUGAUUUUAUUUGCGGCCCUCGUGGCUGGGACUGCGUUUUCCCCGGAUCUGAUUCUCAGCUGGCGGAGCCUAAGAGGGGACACCACAGUGGGAUGGACGCUGAGUUUCGUCUGGCUGUUGAACAGCUUCUUCGGUGUUAUCUUCAUCCUCAUCCUAGUGUCGCGAUCGAAGCUCGUCCCUGAUUUUGCGCUCACCAUUCAUUUAAUCCACCUAAUCAUCACGUCCUUCUACACCCAUGCUAUCCCUUCUAAUAUUCUGUGGUGGGGUUUGCAAAGCGCCAGCGCAGCCCUUAUGAUAUUCGUCGGUAUGUGGGCGUGUCAGUAUCGAGAACUUCGACCGAUCGCUUUUGGCGGCUCCUCUACCAAUCAAAGGCGCGACAACCGGACGGCCGCGGAUGUGGGUGCGGAAGAAGAGAAUGUGGACUCUGCGGGUUUCUCCCGUGGGAGAGAUGGGGGUGGAGAAUAUGAGAUGGUGUCUGUGAAAGAGCGUCCAGAGGGACCUGUUUAG